AUGUCAACAGAUAGCAUUGAAACGCUGAGGAGGAAAUUCCUGCGGCAGAAUCGAGAUAUCGCGAGGGUCAAUUCGGCACAGUCCUUGCGCAUCCGGUCGCUCGAGAGCGAAUGCGGCCGACUCCUCUCGGACAACCUUACCCUGAAUGGGCGCAUACUGGAGCUCGAACGAGAACUCGACGAGUGCAGAGAAGCACAGAGAAUCGCCGACCAUGCUCUUGACAUCAAGGCCAAGAUGGAGGCUCAGCUCGUGGAAUGGAGCGCAAUGCUCGGGGGGCUGGGGGUGGAGCGCGCCGCCAAGAGGCACGCCCCUUCUUCUCCAGGUGGGACGACGGUCGCCAGACGGCGUGCAAGCAUAAACCGUAGCCCAGCAGCGAGGCAGAGGCCACGGGAUUCGAGGAGCAGCGCCGACAUGGCUGCUUUACAGGAGGGGAGGCUACCACCUAUCCAAGAAAACACAACGUAUCCACGACGGACGAUGAACCACAAUGAAAUACUGGCAAUCUGCUCCGAGGCCGAGGAUUCACACGAGUCCCCAGAUCUCGGGCCACCGCCUACUUCACGCUUUGUUGAAGAACCAGUCAAAGUCGACAGCCCCAGCAGAUCAACUGGCGUCUCACACCCUAGCCCCAAGCUCAAAAUCGAAGCACUCCUACCAUCCAGCUCCCCUUCAAAGCCUGAUGUAGAACCGACGAAGCAGGCCAGCGUGGCCUCGGAGGCGAGCUCGCAGGAUGGUCCGAGACCUGUUAAGCCAGUCCGCACACAAGUUCAUCCUCCCGUCAAAGCCGGCUCUAAGAGAAAAUUCGGCGACGAGAACGACGAAUUCCAAGUGUCUAGGGCAUUCUCGACCGCGGAGAAGGCUGGCAGCAAGAUCGUACCCGAUAGACCACUCAUUGUGAGAGAUUUGAAGGAUCGCCGCAGUGCAAAGGACUCGUCAACCAAGCCUGACGAGAAGAGGGCCGAGACCACAGAUCCCACCAAGACACGGCCCAGGCAGCCGCUAGCAGACAAGAGCAAGAACGACGGCGUAAUCUCACCGAAGAAGCUUCCCAAAUCAGCGACAACAGGAGAUCUUAUGAAGGUCAUGGCGGAUCCACCCAAGGAGAUCUCGCUGAAGGCUGCGCCGUUGAAGAAGAAGAGGGUUGUUCCAAUCAAGCUCCCCUCACUGCAGCCAGCAGGGCCAUCGGCGGCAAGACCACCAGUGGAACCAGAGACACCAUCAGCGGACCCCGGAGUUGUCUUUCCUGACACCCCAGAAACCAAAUCCACAAGCGAGAAGCCUAGAGACACGCCCCCGCCAGCAGACAUCAGCUCUCAUGGAGAAACUUCCCGACCCAGCAGGAGGGUAAGAGCAUCUGUCAGCUAUACCGAGCCCAACCUCAGGGAUAAGAUGCGCCGGCCAACCAAAGAGAUGUUGGAUGCAGUGUCUGGAGAAGGCAAAUACAAGCGCACCAGCUCAGCUCACCAUAUCACCUCGGCGUCCGCAUCAAAGCCCACGGCCGAAGGCGAGCUCACGCGUUCAGCGACGACAACUCAGCUUCCGGCAGCCGAAGCCGCCAUGGAGAACGAGGCAGCCCGCCGGCCUCCCGUCACGAGCCCAUUAUUACAGAGAGACUCAAUGAAAGAAGUACUGCCAGCUGGUCAGGUAGGCCAAACUGUGACCGAGCGGCGAAGGCGGCCAUCAUCUAGGCAAAGCCAACUGUUUGAAAAGCUAGAGAAGGCGGAAGAUGAGCAAGAUGAAGAAGGUGGCGCCGAGGAGAGUCACGGGAUCGACCCAUACGAAUUCCGAGACGAGUCCACUGUGAUGGAGCAGCCCAGAGAGUCCCAACCAAAAGGGAGAGGCAGCAAGGGAGCGAGACGGUCCACAGUGGCCAAAAACGUGGGCACCGACGACCAAUCGGCAUCAGGGGUGGAUGCGAAGAAGGCCUCCCGGAAACGGGCGUCGAUGGCUGCGCCUAAGAAGACAUCCAUGCUUGAUGAUGUACAGGACGAGGAUUCUUCACACGAGGCCAGCCUGGAGACGGCGAGCGACAUUUCAUCGUCGCUACUCCAGGACAAGGCGUCGAGGCGUCGAAGCAUGAUGUUGUAA